AUGGACGGGAUACACAGGGAGAGGGCGCCCGUGGGGAGGCCGAGGGCGCGAAAGGCGAUGCAUGAGGCGCCCCGCGGGAGGGUGUACGAGGAGUGGCAGGGCAACGAGCGGUUCUUCUGCGGCGGGCGGUGCAUAGGGGGCCCAAACUACAAGUCGCUACUGGGGACGACGUGCCUGAUCCUGCUGCCCCUGGCGGUGUACGUGCUGUUCGUGGGGGAGGUGCUGUGGGAGGAGGUGAGCGUGGCGCUGCCCGCGGCGGGCGUGGGCCUGGGCUUCAUGGCGCUGUUCUUCCUGUUCAAGACUGGCUGCAUGGACCCGGGCAUCCUGCCGCGGCAGGAUCCCGACGAGGAGUACAGGGCUGGCCGCAAGCCCAAGAGCAAGGAGAUGAUCGUGAAUGGGCACAAGGUGCUGGUGCGGUACAAUGAGACCUGCCACUUCUACCAGCCCCCGCGCGCGCACCACUGCUCCGUGAACGACAACUGCAUCGAGAAGUUCGACCACCACUGCCCCUGGGUGGGGACCACCAUCGGCCUGCGCAACUACCGCUUCUUCCUGUUGUUCAUCUUCACGGGCAGCCUGCUGUGCCUGUACGUCUGCGGCACCACCGUGCUGGCCGUCAAGCUUGAGUUCGACAACCUCAAGGACGACGCGCGGGAGAAGGGGGAGGGUAAGCCGGCGGUGUGGGAGGCAUUCCAGGAGGCGCCCGCGGCCGUCGCUCUGGCCGCCUACACGGUCCUCUUCUUCUUGUUUGUCGGCGGGCUGUCGUUCUUCCACAUCUACUUAGUGUCUACCAACCAGACUACCUACGAGAAUUUCCGCUAUGGCUACGAGCGGUCCAGGAACCCCUAUGACCAGGGCUGCGUGGCCAACUGGGCGUCCGUGUGGUGCGUCAAGACGCCGGCCUCCAAAAUCAACUUCCGGUCGCCUAUGGUGCCCAAGCGCCCCCCGCCGCCCAAUCCCGCCCUGCAGCGGAGCCGAUCGUCGGCCAGCUCGGGCAUGGCGUCGCCCGUUCACAGCGUGGCGGCGUCCACCCGCAGCCACCGCCCGCAGACGAGCCGCAGCCGGCAGUCCGCCAGGGCGCCGCGGGAGAUGACGAUGAACAUCGACGUGGAGAUGGGGCCGCUGGAGAUCAGGCACGUGGACGAGGGCGGAGGCAAGCUCCAGGCAUUGGGCCAACAUAGUGUCAGCGACAUGAAACGCCACAGGGCCGCUGGCGCUUCCCUGCCUCCCUCCAGGGCAAUGUCACCAUCAGAAGCAGCGCACGUGAAGGCGCAAAUGAAGAGGGGUCGCCGGCCUUCAGGUGCCAGUCCGAUGGGGAGGGAGAUUUGA